CCGUAACCCGGCGGCGGAAGCCCCGGCCGGCCCGGCCGCCCAAUGGGCUGGGGCUGCGCGGCGCCGGGGCCGGGGCCGGGGCCGUCACUUCCUGGCCCUGCAGCCGCCGGCAGCGAGGCCACAGCCGGGGCCGGGGGCGGCGGCGCCCGCAGCCCGCCCGCCACCAGCACCGCCAGCACCAUGCCCUUUGACUUCAGGAGGUUUGACAUCUACAGGAAGGUGCCAAAAGACCUUACACAGCCAACCUACACAGGGGCCAUUAUCUCUGUCUGCUGCUGUCUCUUCAUAUUGUUUCUCUUCCUGUCUGAGCUCACCGGAUUCAUAGCCACUGAAAUAGUUAAUGAGCUCUACGUGGAUGACCCAGACAAAGACAGUGGAGGGAAAAUAGAAGUGAACCUGAACAUCAGUUUGCCAAACCUGCACUGUGAAUUGGUUGGACUGGACAUCCAGGAUGAAAUGGGAAGGCAUGAAGUGGGUCACAUUGACAACUCGAUGAAGAUCCCUCUCAAUAAUGGGGAUGGCUGCAGGUUUGAGGGCCAUUUCAGCAUCAACAAGGUCCCUGGUAACUUCCACGUGUCGACGCACAGCGCGACGGCGCAGCCCCAGAACCCCGACAUGACUCACGUCAUCCACAAGCUCUCAUUUGGGGACAAGCUACAGGUCCAUAACGUUCACGGAGCAUUCAAUGCCUUGGAGGGAGCAGACAAGCUCAGCUCAAACCCCCUUGCCUCUCACGACUACAUCCUGAAGAUCGUGCCCACGGUGUACGAGGACAUGAGCGGCAAGCAGCGAUACUCCUACCAGUACACCGUGGCAAACAAGGAAUACGUGGCCUACAGCCACACGGGCCGCAUCAUCCCGGCCAUCUGGUUCCGCUACGACCUGAGCCCCAUCACAGUGAAGUACACAGAGAGGAGACAGCCUUUGUACAGGUUUAUCACAUCGAUAUGUGCCAUCAUUGGAGGAACGUUUACUGUAGCUGGGAUCCUCGACUCCUGCAUUUUCACAGCAUCAGAGGCCUGGAAGAAGAUCCAGCUGGGCAAAAUGCAGUAACCAUGAAAACUCUACCCUCGACUCCAAGGACAGGAGCAAAGAUUGAGAAACCUACCACUACCUGUUUUUGUCUUUAUUUUCUAUUUGAUUGAAUCAGUAUGUUUUUCUCUAAUCAGGCUGGUCAGUGAAGACGUCUUCAACAAAUCAAAGAAAUCUCCAUGCAUUUCAGAGCUCUGAGAGGGAAAAAUCAGUGGAAUCAGGGUGUGGAUUUUGAUUCCCUCCCCCCAGAGAGAGAGGUUGAAAUGCCAUAUGAGAUCUAAGUGAGGAUGGCAGUCUGUCCUCUGGGAGGUUCCCAUGGCAGUGUACAAACUAGGGAGUAGAUGGCAAAGAGCUGAACUGUCUUGUGGCACUUCUUGGAGUUCUGUUGCAUUUGCAUGAUCAGACAAUCGACUUUUGUAUAGGGCAGAAUUACACAUGAGGAAGAAAUUCCACCCAUGGUGCCAAAAAGGUGAUGUGUCUGUUGGUGAGGAGUGGAAAGAAAAAGUCCCCACAGCAAACCUCAGAGACAGAGGGCAGAAAUAACACCAAGAAAUGUUUUGUGCUUCUAUUGAAAGCUCAGUUGUUCAGAUACAACCUUUCUAACCAAGUGAGAAAAGACCAGGAAGCCUUCCCCAGCUACCUUUUCCUAGGUAAUCUGUGAUCCCAGCAGUGGAGGGCAUUUCUUUUACUCUGGAUGUAAAAGUGGUUUCAUUUCUUCCCACUAACUGAAUAUCCAGUCUUGUGUUUACAGGUGGCAUGAAGUAAAAACCAAACUGAGCAACACAGUUUUAUGUGGCCUUUGCUUUGAAAGGGAAUAGUUGUCUUUACAGCAUUAGCUUUUCUUUCUUCUGUUUCUAAACACAGACCACCCAAAAGUCUGGAUUCUGCACUUCUGCUUUAUUAUUGUUGUUGUUGUUUUUUUUGAAAAAAGAUUUUGUAUUCUCUGUGCUCAGAAAAAUGGUGCAGCCCUCUGGGUGGAUGAGCACAGCUUCCUCUCUUGCUUUGUGUGUGUGUAUUCAAUACACCUGUCAAACACAGGAAUUCUGACUUUUCAGGAUUUAAGGUGCCUCCCUUUUCCUUUAAAACUCAAGCCAGGCUUCUUUUCUGAGCCCUGGACUGACCCUGCUCUCCCACAGGUACACAGGGCAGCAUUCCCACAGGCUGACCCUUGCUGGGAGUUUUGUUUGAUCCCUUUAAAAAGAUUCCUGAGCUUCCCUGUCCCUUCCUUCAAGCCUUGUCUUCUGGAGCCUCCAAAACACAGAGGUGUGAGGGGAAAACUCCUGCCAGGGGCAUCUUGCAUGUCAUUUGGUCCCAAAAAUGAGACCAGAUGCCCACCAGUGCAUUUUCCAGAGCCUCAUCAGUGUUCCUUGAGUAGUGACAGUCUCCGCAUGCCUUGGGAAUGUCUGAGCUGAGGAUACACAAAUUUUAAGUCUUUCAGGAUGGAUUAAACAAAAAUAGUCAUAAAAUAAAGAUCUUGAACUCAGUGCUGUAAAUUUUAAGAUGGGUGCAGGGUUUCUCUUGGAUGAUAUCCAUUGCCUUUUCCUGGAGGCAGAAUAUCCAAACUUUAUGCUGUGAUGAUACGAAUUGUUGAAUAUUCAGUGUUAUUGUUAGAGUCAGAUGCAUUUCAAAAGAAUUCCUGAUUGUUCAAAUUUUCUCCUUGCUUUGGAAGCAGGGAAGGUGUAGCCAGUUUUACCCACCCACCAAAAAGAAGCAGCCAGCUCCUCUCCCCCUGCCAUGCUCUGCCCUGUAGUGACUUUGGACAGCAUUGGAAUUUUUCCUUGUUCUUCUCUGGACUGAUUGCUCUUCCUUUAGGUGCAAACUGGAUUGUGCAACUUCCUGCACCUGUUCAUGUAUGGGUAGAUUUUUUUUUUUACUUUCUUUUUUUUUUUUUUUAACUUUUUUUUUCCCCUUUUACAAAAAUGAACUUUUUCAAUGAGAUGCUUGGGUUCAUCUGGGGUGUGUGUCCAUGUGCCUGCGAGUGGAACCCUCUGGAUGUGGGAUUUUCCAUGGCAAUUGCUUCUCCUGCUGGCUGAAGGAUUUCCUCUAAUCCAGUGUGACCAGCUGAAACUCACACCUAAAAUGUCCUCAUUUUUCCUUUUGGAUUUGCUGAGUCUUUGCUGACAGCUUGGGAACAGUGGAUUAAAAUGAUGAGAUUGUUUAUAUUUUAGCAUCUUCCUUACACUGAGAUUUAUUUAGUGCAUCCUUCUCCUGAGCUGGGCAAGGGGAGAUCUUUGCAGUACAGUUCAUUUUCUGAAAUUUCUCCUCUGGUACACUUUCUUUGACACAAACAGAGGUGGUUGCAGAUUCUUUGUGUCCCCUGGUGUGUUAUUCCCAUCCUUUUUCCCAUUCCCUGUCUGUAUUAAACUGCCUCCUGUGCAGUCCAGGCCAGUUCUCUAAACCAGACCAGUGAAAUUGGUUUGUUUGGGGUUUUUUUUUUUUGGAAGUAACACACUUCAGCGUGCCUGCUCUCUCUGCCAAAACAUCCCCUGCAAUAAGGUAAUAAAUCACUUUUUUGGGGGGGUAUUUUUGUUUUGUUUUGUUUUGGGGUUUUUUUGUUUGUUUGUUUGGUUGGUUUUUUGUUUGGUUUUUUUUGGGGGUUUUUUUUGGGUUUGUUUUUUUUUUUUGCAAGGUAUGGAAACCAAAUUGUUCUCAAGUUCUGGCAGGAGGAACAGUCUGUCCUUGGUUCUGUAAACCAGGUCUGAGCCUUUGAGAGCUGCCAAGCCAAGGCCACCCUCUGGGGCUGCUGGGCUUUGUGGUGAGCUCGUCCUGCAGGGUCACACCGCGGUGCUGCAUCGUGUGUUUGCAGCAGAAUCUGCUCUUCACCUCCCCAGCUGUGAAGGCAAGGCACUUACUGCCUCUGCACCCAUGAGAUCUCACUUUUAUUCUGAAUUUUCUGAAGAGAAAAUGAGCUUAGUGGUGCUUUUAAACGUCCUUGCAAACAAAAGAAUUUGGAGUCAGAGCAGAAGGAAACCCUGAGUUGUGGGGUUCUGAUUUUGCCAUUUCAAGUCAGUGUUUUUAUUGAAGAAUUUGGAUAUCCAAAAAAGACAUCCCUUUAGGAAAUAUUUGAAACUCCCACUUUAAAUUAUUCCCUGUAACUGCAGACUCCACCCUACGGUGAGAACUUGAGGCAUAGGAUGCUUUGCAGUGGUGGAGUUAAAAACUUCUAGCUCUAGGGAAAGUUAUUAGAUGUAUUCUAGGCAGUAUCUGGACUGCUGAAGAAGAUUUUUAAAAGAAAACAAAACGGAAAUGGGGUACAAAAAUCCAGGAGAGAUGAGUCUGUGAACGUUUGAUCUGAUCUCUCAAAUCCUUGCAUUGAUUUGCGCUGUGAAAAAUGAGAUUUGCAAUGUAGGUGGCCCUGUCUGCCACCAGCUCCUGAGUAUUUCUCAUUUAUUGUUCUUUCUCUGUGUGACACGGGGCUGUUGGGGCUGGGGCUGGCUGGGAUGAGUCUCUUGCUUUACAAGAGUUUUUAAUUUGCAGAUUGGGGGUGUCAGUUUGUCCCUGGGGUGUGGGAGAGGGGCAGGGAGGAGGAGCAGCCCUGCCGUGUCUGGUACUGCAAUGUUUAAAGCACAAGUCUUUUACAUUUCUACAGUGGAGACUGUUAAGGAGUUCUGGCAUUUGUCUUUUUAAUUUGCAACCUUAUGUUAAUAAACUAUUAGCCUUUUUAGUUCCAUAAUUAAAAAUAAAACUCUUACGUGUUUUGA